AUGGGACAUGCGUCUAGCAGCUGCUGCGCCAAUGAUGAAAAGCAAGCUGUCGAAGACAUUCAAGCUUGUAUCAACGGGCUCUCAGUUGCUACGACGCAACCCCCUGCGACCUCAAGCGCAGCUGCAAUCUCAAGCACCGAGAUCACGUGCGUGGACACAGUGCCCAAGAAAGCCGUAGAUCUUACAUACACUGCCAGCUCUCUGAGCUUGUUACGGGGCGUAUUCCUUCGCAAGACGUUGCAGGGUGGAGGUGGCCUCUGGCGGCGCAACCCAACCACCCUGACGCAUGAGCAGCUCGCCGUCAAUUUCGCUACCUCCGAGCAAGUUCAAAGUCUGGAUGUGUUCUUUUCACACUCCUGGCUUACUCCUGGACGGUGGAAGUUCCUGUCGCUUCUUGUCCGCAAUGGCUGGCCUUACAUGCUGGCUGCGUGGGCGAUCGGUACAGCGCUGGCAUGCGUUGGAGUCCUGCUAGGGGUGUUGCCGUUGAUGUAUGAAUGGGAAUUCCUUGAGGGCGAGGUCAUAUCCAUGAGCUUCUGGGCUAACGUGGCAGGCGUCUUCUCGUCAACCGGGGGAUUGCUGCUGUUCCCUUACAUCUGCGGCAAGGACCGCAGAUGUUUUCUGGAUUGCGCAUGUAUCGAUCAGACAGACCAGGCCAGGAUGCAAGCAGGAAUCCGCAGCAUUGGCGGCUUCCUCCAGGCAGCUGAGGAGUUGCACGUCUUGUGGAGCGAGCCGUACCUGACGAGAUUGUGGUGCGUGUUCGAGCUAGCGGCAUACCAGAAGCUGAACCCUUCUGGAAAAGUCACCAUCGCACCCGUCUUCGUGGAAGUCAUUGUGUGCUUGCUUUUCGUGUACCUACACAUUGCUUCCUGGUUUUUCGUCGCUAUCAGGACGAGCGCACUCGGCCGAACCAUAUGGAUAUGGAUUGCGUUAGCUUGCUUCGGUGGCUCCUUAUUUCCAUUAGUACAUGCCUUAAGGCAUAUCUGCACGUACAAGCAAGUUCUCUUAACCAACGUGGGCAACUUCCAGUUUGAGACUUUGGCCUGUGCCAAUGAAUCCGAUCGAGACACUAUCCGGGAAGCUAUAGUUCGGUGGUAUGGCAGUGAGGAGGCUUUUUCGGAGUUUGUGCGAAGCUCAUUCCGGAAGGUGGUACAUGACUCCGUCAAGACUCCAGGAGGCAUGCCUUUUGGAUAUGUUUGCUUACUGGCCACGCCGAUGCUGAACGCGCAUUUGGAUCGAUGGAUCUCCCUGUUGCGUGCUGGCUCUCCUGUUGAAGCAGUUUGGGCCUACUUUUCUUCAGCCCUUUUAGCUGUCAGCCUGGCUUUUUAUCCCGCUGUCAUUGGUGUUGGUCUCUAUGCUUGUGAUCGAUGGGCAAGAGACUGGUCAUGCAGGCCCGUUGCAGUACUGCAGACCGUGGGAAUUGGCCUCGCGAUUUGGAUUCUCUUUUCGCUGGGUACCAUUACCUCGUCUGUUGCUUAUCGGGGUAGCGAGACUUCGUCCCUGCUGCUGUGGAUAGGGGCGGCUUUUCUUUUUGCCUUCCUGAUGUGGAGGUGCCUCUGGCAACAGCGAGGCCCUUGCACAUCCUGA